GUGUCAUGGAGGAAGGGGGUGGGGGAAGGGUCGAUGGAUGAUGGGCAAUUAAGGCACUUGUUGUGGUCAGCUCUGAGUGGUGGAGAGAAGUGAUGAGUCCCUGAGUUGUACUGCAGAAUGCAAUACUGCGCUAUUCUCAAGGUAGCAGAGUUCUUUAUGGCAUGUAGGCACAUGAUGGGACGCCGGUAACUUAUCACACUGGUGAGGAAAGUCUGCCGUGCUUUCUCCUCCAACCAAGUACAAAGGGAUCCUUAUCAUUUGGGGAUGUGACUGUGGGCUUUACCCAGGAGGAGUGGCAGCAUCUGGACCCUGCUCAGAGGACCCUGUACAGGGAGGUGAUGCUGGAAAACUAUAGCCACCUUGUCUCAGUGGGGUGUUGCAUCCCUAAACCAGAAGUGAUCCUGAAGUUGGAGCAAGGAGAGCAGCCAUGGAUGCUAGAGGAAGAGUCCCCAAGUCAGAGCUACCCAGAAAGACUUGAAGGCGUAUACAGGAACAAUAUUGAUGAUGUAGUAAGGUGUGCUGAAAGACAUUAUGAUACCGCCAAAUUUAACUGUAGAGUUGCACAGUAUCCUUUUGAAGACCAUAAUCCACCACAGCUAGAACUUAUCAAACCCUUCUGUGAAGAUCUUGACCAAUGGCUAAGUGAAGAUGACAAUCAUGUUGCAGCAAUUCACUGUAAAGCUGGAAAGGGAUGAACCGGUGUAAUGAUUUGUGCAUAUUUAUUACAUCGGGGCAAAUUUUUAAAGGCACAAGAGGCCCUAGAUUUCUAUGGGGAAGUAAGGACCAGAGACAAAAAGGGAGUAACUAUUCCCAGUCAGAGGCGCUAUGUAUAUUAUUAUAGCUACCUGUUAAAGAAUCAUCUGGAUUAUAGACCAGUGGCACUGCUGUUUCACAAGAUGAUGUUUGAAACGAUUCCAAUGUUCAGUGGCGGAACUUGCAAUCCUCAGUUUGUGGUCUGCCAGCUAAAGGUGAAGAUCUAUUCCUCCAAUUCAGGACCCACACGAUGGGAAGACAAGUUCAUAUACGUUGAGUUUCCUCAGCCUUUGCCUGUGUGUGGUGACAUCAAAGUAGAGUUCUUCCCCAAGCAGAACAAGAUGCUAAAAAAGGACAAAAUGUUUCACUUUUGGGUAAACACAUUCUUCAUACCAGAACCAGAGGAAACCUCAGAAAAAGUAGAAAAUGGAAGUCUCUGUGAUCAAGAAAUUGAUAGUAUUUGCAGUAUAGAACGUGCUGAUGAUGACAAGGAAUAUCUAGUACUCACUCUAACAAAAAAUGAUCUUGACAAAGCAAACAAAGACAAGGCCAACCGAUACUUUUCUCCAAAUUUUAAGGGAAGUUAAAAACAUUUCGAGGAAUUAGUGGGUGACUCUGCAUGUGUGUGUCUGUGUUAAGUAUAUUGCUGGUAAAGGACUUGUGUGACUGAGGUUUAAAUCAAAUUAAGUAUUAAUUAGAAGCAAUAUUUAGGUAUCAGUAAUGUGAGUUUCUAAUAUGGAUGCACACGAAAUUUUAAAAAGCUGCCUCCCCCACCACCCCGGCCCUUCUUCGUUGUUGUUUGGUGAAAUAUGGGGCAGGGGUUGGGAAGGGGAAUUCAGUUUAUGGGACAUGAAAUAGGAAUGAGGGAAGAAAGAAGUUAAAGGGAAUUCAGUCAUUUGGGAAUGAUUCGUAUGGAAUGUUCUUUAUUUUUUAAUUUUUUAUAAACAUGUAUUUUUAUCCCAGGGGUACAGGUCUGAAUCAGCACUCACCAAAGCACAUACCCUCCCCAGUGUCCAUAACCCCACCCCCCCUUCUCCCAACCCCCCUGCCCCCAGCAACCCUCAGUUUGAUUUGUGAGAUUAAGAGUCACUUAUGGUUUGUCUCCCUCCCAAUCCCAUCUUGUUUCAUUGAUUCUUCUCCUACCCACUUAAGCCCCCAUGUUGCAUCACCACUUCCUCAUAUCAGGGAUAUCAUAUGAUAGUUGUCUUUCUCCGCUUGACUUAUUACGCUAAGCAUGAUACGCUCUAGUUCCAUCCAUGUUGUCACAAAUGGCAAGAUUUCAUUUCUUUUGAUGGCUGCAUAGUAUUUCGUAUGGAAUGUUCUUAACUGUUCCUACUUUUGUCCCCUUCCAGUUUAUUCUCAACUCCUCAGAGUGAUCUUGAAAUAGAUAGAUUGUUAAAAUUGAUAUGGUGUUAUCACUCCUGUUUAUACUUUUUAAAGACCUUGUGGUUUUUUGAUAUGACCUACAAGGACCUACAUAAUUCAGCCCAGGAUUACCUCCCACAUGAGCUCUAGCCACAUUCUGCUCCCGCUCCAAGAUUCACCCAAUCUGCUCUCUCUUCAGUUCUUCCAAAUGCUAAGCUCCUUCUGCCUCCAGUCUUUUCAGUUCUUUUUCUCUCCCUGAGGACCUCCCCACCUUCCAUCUUUCCCCUGCUGUUCCCACAUUUGGCUACCCUUCCGUGUGGUAGCCUUUGCUUCAGUCUUGUUGGUCUGAAAGGCCUCUUGUCAAGCUCUUGUGUUACUCCCUUUCUAAAGCUCUACUGUCUCAUAUUGUGGAAUUAUUUGGGUCCUUACUUAUAUCUAUAUGUGAUGUGUGUGCGUAUUUUUAGUCCUGUGUGUUGAUAAGAAUUUUCCAGGUUAAAAAAUCUGAUUUGUCAAUAUUUCCAAAUGGUAGUUUGCCCUUUUUCCCUUCCCCUUUCCUGUUCCUCCUUCUACCUGAUUUUCCUCCUUCCUUUCACCAUACCCUUCUUUCUCUUUCAAAAAA